UCUGUGUGGACAGACAGCCCAUGCAUUUUCGUGUUCAUUCUCAUGGCAUGUACCAAUCAGCUCGUCAGUCAAAAGCAAUAGAGCAAUCCAGUCGACACCCACCCGAACGAGCGAGCGAGUCACAGAGAGAGAGACCAACUAAAUGACUCUCUUGCACUGCAGAUCCUCACAAAUGCCCCUCUUAUCCACUGAAUGACAGCCCAGCCCUCUCUCUCACGCUGCCCUCUGCUGGUCAAUCGCCAUUCUGACGGCCUCUACAGUGGCGUUCAGCCAUCCAUCCAUCGUGGGGUCGUCGGGACACGUGACGGCGGCAAACACGCCGCUCCUUCUUGCCUCUUCAGCACUGGUCGGCCCGAUGCAGGCCGCAUACACCGAAGGUGAUGGUGACGGCGCAUCGCCGGCUGUUAAGUGUGUCCAUCCCUUGACAGCGCUGGGGCUCCCGAAGGUCACUACUCGUGCUGCGCGGGCCGCCUCGACCAUCGAGGACGGCAGCACAUGGGGGCCGUCCUGGUGGAUGCCGAGGGUGGUGUAGGUGUUUAGUCGGGUGACGUCAAAGCCACGGUCGGCUAGCCCGCUCUCCAGUGUUGCCUGAGCCAAUGCCGACGCGGGAUAGAGCACCCUGAACCAAUCAACGCCACACACACACGCAGGCAGAGAAACAGACAGGAAUGAGUGAGGGAGGGAGGGAGGCGUUGGUUGCUCUUCUCCCUGCUAUUAUCGUCCGGACCUGUUGUUGCCUUUGUGCGGCAGCUCCUGGGCCAAUGUCUGUGCAGUGGAGCGUGAAGGCGUGAAGGCCGGCUCCAUUCCCCCCUCCCGCAGCACCGCAGAGGUCCCCGCCCCAAUGGAUGCAAUCGACAGCUCCCUCCUUCCGGCCAUCUCCCGCACACCCUCCACCAGCACCUUGGCGCUCUCGGGCGACGUCACACACACCCAGUCGAAGAUCUCCUCCGUCAGCACCUGAGGCAGCCUCGGUCGGUCCCUGCCGACAGCCGUCUUGAUGCAUGGCAGCUCGACCGUCGGGAUGCCUCUCGCCUCGAGCAUCGCUCUCAGCUUGCCGUUCUUGCCCUCUUCUCGCGUGAGUGCCACUGGCGGGAAGGACCCUGGCACCCUGACGAGCGACUCAUCGGGAGAGGGAGAUGUCAUCGUCAUGGCGCGUGCUGACAGCGACGGGAGCGCACUGGACGAUGAGAGGAGGAGGGGCGCGUGGUGGGGACUGGGGGAGAGUCUUGAGUGGCAGAAUGCUGAGUGGAGGAGCGCCAAGCUGUCCAUGGGAAGCAUAUUGGUGAGCAGGGAGAUAAAGGGAAGCGCGUGGAGACCAUUGCUGCUUCGACAGGGCAUUUGGGGAAAGCCCCUCCGCACUUGCUCGACAGCUCGCAACCCUGGCCGGCGGGUGUGUGUCUGCCUCGUCCCCUGCUGUCGAUGUGACGGCGAGAGAUAGAUAGUGAAUCAGGUAGGUAAGUGUGAGCAGGUCCCGUACGUCGCCCAUCCAUCCAUCCAUCCAUCCAUGUCUUUAAAUUCCCCGAGCAAAGCAUCAUAGCGAUGCACGGCACGGCACGGCACCUGUCUGACUGUUUGUUCUCUGCAUGUGUGUGGCCCCGCGACACAAGCACACCACCACGCCCAUCCAUCGCCACCACCCACACCAAAACGUCCGUAUGCACGCGUGUAUGCAAUGCAGGCACGCUACGCUACCUUUGCGCCGCAUCCAUCCAUCCAUCCAUCCAGUCCAUUCCAUCACCUGCUUGCAAUCGCAAGACCCCGACCGACCCCAAUUGAGAAGGAAGGAAUGCAGAAAGCGCGAGGCGACCAGCAACGGCGUGGCGUGUCUGAGGGCAAGGCAGCCAGGCAGGCAGGCAGGCAGUCGAGACACCGGUGGUUAGUAGGCGACAAGGGGAGAGGGAGAAACACACGAACGAGGGAGGGAGGGACUGAGGGAGGGAGGGAGAGAGGCAGAGAAGCGCGUAUCAGACCGUGAGUGAGCAAGCAAGCCAGCAAACAAGGAUGGAUGGAUGAGAGUGAGAAGAACACCAG